CCUGCUCUGCCGCUGGGAACUUCCGCAGAGCCCAGGGCCCUUCGCUGCCAGUCUGCUCCCCACUCUCUGUCCCAAGUGGUUCCAGGCGCUGGACCCUUAGGCUUCGUCUGGAGUCCCAUCCUCCACCCCAGGAGAGGUUGGCUCGGCCUGGCUGGUGCAGGCGGGUCCAGCCCAGGCACAGACACGCAGAUGCAGUCUCUAGGGCUGCUCCUUAGCCUCCUGGGUUAGCAGCCCGGAGCCACCUGCGCUCCCUGCACGCAGCCCCCACCUCGCCGAGAAAGCCGGGGCUGAACGGGUAGGGGGCGGGGAGGGGACGAGGGUCACGGAGGUGAGGACCUCCUUUCCCCCAGCGGCAGGGGGAGAUCAGAGACACCACGGAGCACAGGUCAGAAACAAGGGAGUAGAGAGGUCGGAGCCAGAGACUCGAGGCAGGGAGGAGCGAGGAGUCUCGGGCCCAGAGUGUGGGGGUGGAGGGCAGGCCCCCUGCUUCUCCUUCCAAUCUCUGCUUCUCCCGGGAACCCCCUCCGCCCUCCCUGGGGCCCCGGCUCUUCCCCUCCCCCCAGACCCUGCACCCUCUGCGGAUUGGUCCUCGGCCUGCUGGGGGGCGGGGCCCGAGGGCCCUGACGUCACUGGCCGAGGGGGGCGGGCGGCUGGAGGAGGGGCUGACGGGGCCCGGCUCAGCACCUCGGAGAGCUCCCUCCCCGGCCUUGUUUUGCUCUGGCAUCGCUGCCGGGGGAGGGAGCGAGGGGGCCGGGCACCAGGCGCAGAGGCAGGGGAAUGGCCAUGGAAGGGUUGAGGGGCCGCGGCGGACAGAGGGCCCAGCCGUGAUCCAGCGACGGGUUUGGGGCUCCGGGUGGGGUGGGGGGCAGCGGGCGGCGGCAGCAGUGGCCGCACAUCUGGAUGGAAGCGAGCUUUGUCCAGACCACCAUGGCUCUGGGGCUGUCCUCCAAGAAAGCAUCCUCUCGCAAUGUGGCUGUGGAGCGUAAGAACCUGAUCACCGUAUGCAGGUUCUCUGUGAAAACGCUGCUGGAGAAGUACACAGCGGAGCCCAUCGAUGACUCAUCAGAGGAGUUUGUCAAUUUCGCAGCCAUUUUAGAGCAGAUCCUCAGCCACCGCUUCAAAGCCUGUGCCCCAGCAGGUCCAGUGAGCUGGUUCAGCUCAGACGGGCAGCGGGGCUUCUGGGACUAUAUCCGGCUGGCCUGCAGCAAAGUGCCCAACAACUGUGUGAGCAGCAUCGAGAAUAUGGAGAACAUCAGCACAGCCCGGGCCAAGGGCCGGGCAUGGAUCCGGGUGGCACUGAUGGAGAAGCGCAUGUCAGAAUACAUCACCACGGCUCUGCGCGACACCCGGACCACCAGACGGUUCUACGACUCUGGAGCCAUCAUGCUGCGGGACGAAGCCACCAUCCUCACCGGAAUGCUGAUCGGACUGAGCGCCAUCGAUUUCAGCUUCUGUCUAAAGGGGGAAGUCCUGGACGGGAAGACACCCGUGGUCAUCGAUUACACGCCCUACUUAAAGUUUACACAGAGCUACGACUACCUGACCGACGAGGAGGAGCGGCACAGCGCCGAGAGCAGCACGAGCGAGGACAACUCGCCCGAGCACCCGUACCUGCCGCUCGUCACCGACGAAGACAGCUGGUACAGCAAAUGGCACAAGAUGGAGCAGAAGUUCCGCAUCGUCUACGCGCAGAAGGGCUACCUGGAGGAGCUGGUGCGUCUGCGCGAGUCGCAGUUGAAGGACCUGGAGGCGGAGAACCGGCGGCUGCAGCUGCAGCUGGAGGAGGCGGCGGCGCAGAACCAGCGCGAGAAGAGGGAGCUGGAAGGCGUGAUCCUGGAGCUGCAGGAGCAGCUGACAGGUCUGAUCCCCAGUGACCACGCCCCUCUGGCCCAGGGUUCCAAGGAGCUCACUACACCCCUGGUCAACCAAUGGCCCUCACUGGGAACGCUUAAUGGGGCCGAGGGCGCCAGCAACUCCAAGCUCUACCGGAGACACAGCUUCAUGAGCACGGAGCCCCUGUCAGCUGAAGCCAGUCUGAGCUCGGACUCCCAGCGCCUGGGAGAGGGCACACGGGACGAGGAGCCCUGGGGUCCCAUUGGAAGCUCAGAGCCAAAUUAGUGGCUCCCUUCGAGCGAAUGCCCAGGACUUCAACGCAUGCACUUUGUGUUGACCUCAUCCCUGGCUUCACCUUGGUUUUUCCCAUCCUAGUUCUCCCUAUGCCUGGAUAACCCGUCUUUUCUUUUUUAUAAGCAACCACACUGUAUUGGAUGACCCUAGACCUUCUUUGAGACAAGGCAGGCUGUGGCCAUGUAGCCCCAUCACACUGUUUGUGAUUGUCUGUGUGUCUGUCUCCCCCACCAGACUGUGAGCUCCGUGAGGGCAGGGACCGUGUCUUGUCCGUUCUCUGUAUCCCCAGUGCUUGGAACAGAGCGAGUGCUCACUGUGUAUUUAAUAAAUGGACAAAGAGAGAGGAUGACCCUCAGGGGGAGACAGAGACAUCAACUGACGAUUACAAUACAGUGUCCCCGGCGCCGUGCCUGGCACAGGCAGGUGCUUAACCAAAGUUUAACUGAAAAUGGCAAAUGCUCUGGAAUAUAUCAAGGUCCCCUGGGGGGUGACUUGAGGGCUGCCCUUUCACUGCCCACCCCUCUACCAACUCCCACACAUGCAGACUGGUUGCCCGGCCUCACCCGCCCUCUCUCCCCAGGGAAGGACCCCACGCCCUCCAUGCUGGGCCUCUGCGGCUCCCUGGCCUCCAUUCCCAGCUGCAAGUCCCUGGCGAGCUUCAAAUCCAACGAGUGCCUGGUGAGCGACAGUCCCGAGGGCAGCCCGGCACUGAGCCCCAGCUGAGGAACGGCAUGGGCAGUGCUAGCCCCACCUGCCAGGGGCCAUGGACACCUGCCACCCUUCUUCAACAAGAGUCCCCCAGUCCAGGCUACCCUUGCAGAGAACGCUGCCCACCAAGCCAGGGUUCUCUCGGGGAAGAUCCCCUCUACUCACCUUAGCUUCCUUGCCUGUGGCAGCACGGGCUGCGGAGGAAAGCAGGCUGAGCCAGGAGGCAGGGGUGCCCAAGCCGCAGGGACCCCUGGGGAAGCCUGCUCCAUUCUUCUGGUGACCCUGGCACUCCCUCACUCAUCUCCCCUUCCCCCUCAGGAGCUGGUGGCCCAGUUUCCACACCCCCACAGCCUGUCCAUCUGUCCCUGUGUAUGCCCUGGAGUCACUCCUUCCUCAGCCCCCAGGGCAGGAGCUCUGCGGGGGAUCAGGCAAAUAAAAACCAGAGGACUGA